GGAGCGGCGGCGGCGGUGGCGGGGCUCGGUCCGAGUGAGUGCGGGGCCGGGACACAGCCGGGCCGGGGAGAUGCUCUGCACCGCGGUGGUGAUGGUGGGGAGCCUGGCGCUGACGACGGCCGUGGUGGCUCACGCCUAUUACCUGAAGCACCAGUUCUACCCCACCGUGGUUUAUCUCACCAAAUCCAGCCCCAGCAUGGCCGUUCUCUACAUCCAGGCCUUUGUGCUGGUCUUUCUCCUGGGGAAGUUCAUGGGCAAAGUGUUCUUCGGGCAGCUGCGGGCGGCGGAGAUGGAGCACCUCCUGGAGCGCUCGUGGUACGCGGUGACCGAGACCUGCUUGGCCUUCACUGUCUUCAGGGAUGACUUCAGCCCUCGCUUCGUCGCCCUCUUCACUCUCCUCCUCUUCCUCAAGUGCUUCCACUGGUUGGCUGAAGACCGGGUGGACUUUAUGGAAAGGAGCCCCAACAUCUCCUGGCUCUUCCACUUCCGCAUUGUCUCCUUGAUGUUCCUGCUGGGAAUCCUGGACUUCCUCUUCGUCAGCCACGCGUACCACAGCAUCCUCACGCGAGGAGCCUCCGUCCAGCUCGUCUUUGGCUUUGAGUACGCCAUCCUCAUGACCAUGGUGCUCACCAUCUUCAUCAAGUACGUGCUGCACUCCAUCGACCUGCAGAACGAGAACCCCUGGGACAGCAAAGCCGUCUACAUGCUCUACACGGAGCUCUUCACCGGCUUCAUCAAAGUCCUGCUCUACAUGGCCUUCAUGACCAUCAUGAUCAAAGUGCACACGUUCCCGCUCUUCGCCAUCCGCCCCAUGUACCUGGCCAUGAGGCAGUUCAAGAAGGCGGUGACGGACGCCAUCAUGUCCCGCCGGGCCAUCCGCAACAUGAACACGCUGUAUCCCGACGCCACCCCGGAGGAGCUGCAGGCCAUGGACAACGUCUGCAUCAUCUGCCGCGAGGAGAUGGUGACGGGCGCCAAGCGCCUGCCCUGCAACCACAUCUUCCACACCAGCUGCCUGCGGUCGUGGUUCCAGCGCCAGCAGACGUGUCCAACGUGCCGCAUGGACGUGCUCCGGGCAUCCCUCCCGGCACAGCCGCCUCCGGAAGCGCCGGAGCAGCCCCCCCCGGCCCCUCAAACCCCCCAGAUCCCUCAGCCCCCCAACUUUCCGCAGGGAAUCCUGCCCCCCUUCCCGCCGGGAAUGUUUCCCUUCUGGCCUCCGGUUGCUCCCUUCCCCCCGGUGCCCGGGGUUCAACCACCCAACGGUGCCGAAAACGCCGCGUCGGGCUCUGGUGCUGCAGCGGCUGCCCGUCCCGGCGACACCGGCGCUGCCACAUCGGAACCCGCGGCACCGGGGCCGGGUCUUCCCUUGCCACCACCAUGGAUGGGAAUGCCGUGGCCGCCGCUUUUCGGCUUCCCGCCGAUGCCGGUGCCGCCGCCCGGCUUUGCCGGCCUCACCGAGGACGAGCUUCGGGCCAUGGAAGGCCACGACCGGCAGAACCUGGAGGCGCGGCUGCAGUGCCUGCAGAACAUCCACACGCUGCUGGACGCCGCCAUGGUGCAGAUCAACCAGUACCUCACGGUCCUGGCCACCAUCGGGUCGCCCCGUCCCGCUGCUCCUCAGCCCCCCCCCCGGCGCCGCGGAGGCGCCCCCCCCGACGCGUGCGGACACCGGCACCGAUGCCAGCGCGCCGGCGGGCGCCGAGGGCUUCACCGCGCCGGCCCGGGAGGAGGCCGAGGAGGAGGAGGAGGAGGGCGAAGGCUCAAACUCACUGGAGGAACCGGACACGGCGGAGCUGCGCCGGCGCCGGCUACAGAAACUGGCAGCGCCCUCCCAUUGACGCCCCGCCGGCAUUCCCGCCAUUGCCGGCCCCUCGCACGCCGCCGGCCGGGAGAACCGCUCCCGUUUGGCCCUUUCGCCACCCAAACCCUCGGCUGGAAGCAAACCCCAUCCCUGGCUGCACCCGGCGACCGAACCCGGCUCCUUCCGCUGCGGCGCCGCAGCAAAGAGCCACCUUGCCAGGCCCAUUUUUCCCCAUUUUUCCCCUUUUUUCCCCAUUUUUCCCCCUAAUUCUCUACCUCUCCAGCGCAGCGGAUCCGGUGCGUGCCCUGGCACCGGCAUUGCCUGUCCUGGUGUCCCCGCUCCGGGUGGCACCGAGACCAAGGGGAGGUUUCAUCGCGGUGACUGUAGCCGACGGCUCCACCUGGCUCCAAAUCGCCCCUUUUUAACCCAAACCCCCUUCUUUGGAGACUCAAUAAACCCCCCCCCCAGCGCCGGGCCGCGGCCAAACUGGUUUAUACUGGUUCCUCUCUGCCCCCGGCGCCAAGAAAUGGGGGGGGGUUGGGUGAUUUUUGGUCUCUUUUUGGCACCUUCCACCUCCCAAGCGCUCGGUUGGUGGCCACCCCCUUCCCCCACCGCGACUUCAGUGCCUCUUGGAACCCAAAAGGGCUUCGAGGAGCCCAAAUAUCUCAGGGAACAAUGGAAUUUCUCGGCAGCCGGAGCCGUUUGGGGCGGGAAGUGCCGGAUCCGCACCGGGACGGCGCCGGGGGAGGUGAGGAGCCGGCGCCGGGCGGCUUUGCCCUUGGAUUUGAGGUGGGAAUGGCUCUUUUUGGAUUUACUUCUCCUUUUCCUUCGCUUUGGGGCUCUCGUCGUCCCGGCUGGGAGCGCGUCCCUGCGGAAUCCCUCGGGAAGGCGGCGGCGCCGCUGCCGGAGCUGCCGUUUGCCUCCUUUUUGGUUUUUCCUUCGUUUUUCUGCGUUUUGAGCCGAAAUCAUGAAGUUUUGGGGCCGGUUCUGCUUGAUGGGGAGGAGUUUUGGGUGGAUUCCUCACGUUUUCCUUCCAUUUGGAGUGGAAACCACAUGGAGGGGAGGGAACAAAGACAUUCAAGCGACUGGGCUGGGGGCGUUUGCCCCUAAACCCAUUUUCUUUGCCCCUAAACCCGUUUUCUUUGCCCCUAAACCCGUUUUUUUCACCCCAAACCCCGUUUUCUGGUCCCCGUUGGGUGGUGUCAGCGUUGGGGACUUAUUUAAUUUGUAAAUAAUGUAUAAAUUUUUAAUAGCUUGAUUGUAAAUAACGGCUGAAUAAAGGUUGCAG